AUGGCGACUAAAACAGAAAAGAAGCUGUCAGAGUACGUGAUACAGCGGAAGGGGAUCCUCGUAGUGCAGAAGGCAGUGGAGAAGUUUGCGGAGGAUUUCGAUUGCGAUCGGGAUGCCUGCCAAAUACCAAUUCGCCUCGAUUCACUGGACCGAAUCUACAAGGAGUUCCUGGAGGUACAAGGACAGAUCGAGCUGUACGAUAAGUCGGAGAUGCUAGAUACCCACUUGGAAGAACGCAUGGAUUUCGAGACGCGUUAUUGCAGGGUUAAAGGUUUUCUACUGUCCAAUCGCGCUACUGAUCCCAACCAAACCAUGCUGAACAACACAAUGGCGACCCCUGCUCACGUUUCGUCUUCUUUCCACCUACGCUUGCCCAAGAUCGACCUACCUAAGUUUAACGGUGAUUUCUCGCGAUGGCUCGCAUUCCGUGACACGUACACGUCGAUGAUUCAUAGCAACACAGAUAUUCCGACGGUUGCGAAGCUGCAGUACCUGUUGCAGUCACUAGAGGGAGAAGCCCGAAAACCAUUCGAGUCCGUAGACAUAGAAGCGGACAACUACGCAUCGACUUGGGAGGCAUUGCUGAAACGGUACGACAACAAGCGGUUCUUGAAGCGUCAGCUCUUCCGAGCUCUGUACGACCUUUCGCCAAUUAAUCAAGAAAGUCCCCAAGAAAUUCACGCUUUGGCUGACGAUUUCCACCGACAUGUAAGGGCUUUGGCAAAGUUAGGCGAGCCAGUCCAUUAUUGGGACACCCCGUUGGUCAACCUCCUUUGUUACAAGCUGGAUUCAACUACACUACGUGCUUGGGAGGAGAAAACCAGCAAUAACGACGAUGUGACCUAUAAAAAGCUGAUGGAAUUCCUCUACCAACGUGCCCGUAUGCUGACGUCCGUUAUAACCGAUCUGCGAUAUCGGUCCCAACAACCGGCUACAGCCAAGGUGGCCGGUUCCAUUCCAACCCCGCAACCAUUCAAGGUGGCAUACAAGGCAGCCACCGUUGAAUCGAGCUCCAGUGCUCCGUGUCUCGCCUGUCCGGAGAAGCAUUUGCUCUUUCAAUAG